UGCAGCACGUGCGGCCCUAAAAAGCAAAAAAAUUAAAAAGUGUUCCUCAGAAAGCCUCCAGAACAGGAAUGGUAUACUGCACAGAGGUGAGCAGCAGAGAUGGCCCAGGGACAGAGGCUACACAGGUUCUUGCACCAUCAGAAAGGAAAUUCUAGUAGGCCCCAACUGCCUCCUUAAGUCUGACCCAACAACCCUCAAUAAGUGGGCGGAUGGGCAGAGGGGAGAGAAAAGGUCAGAGCCUUGAAUGGAGUACCACAAUAAGUCCUUCUUAGAAUAAUUCAUUCACUUAACAAAUAUUUAUUUCGCACCUACUGUAUGUGUUCCAAACUGUCUCACAUUCCCCUGACUGUCAGGAUGGAUACUCUGGCAUCCCAUUUAACCAUAGUUGGAUUAAUAGUCCCCAAAUAUGACUCCCUAAUUUUACACAGUUGUAAUCUGUACAGUCAAUAUGGAGCACUUCCAAUAUGAAGGGCUCUAGGUAUUGGGGAUACAGCGGUGAACAAAAUUGACAAGCUCCUGCCCUGUGAAACGUAACAUUUUGGUAGAAGACAAACAGUAAACAAAGAAGCAAAUAAAUUGGCAAGAAAAUUUCCAUUAGUGAUCAGUCCCCGAUGCAGGAAACAAAGGAGGGUGCUGUGCAAAGGAGGGGGCUCCUUUAGGACAGAAUAAUCAGAGGAGGUCUCUUGGAGGACCUGACAUUUCAGUUUAGGCAAGUCAGCUCUGCCAAGAGUAAGGAAGGGUGUUCCAGGCAGACAGAACAGUGAGUCUCACGGCCCUGAGCAGGGAAGAACUUGGCGUGCCUGAGGAACAGAAAGGAAGGCCGAGUGUGUGAAAGGGGGAGGCAGGUGUGGCCCCUGCCACGCAGUUCUUGGGUUGGAGCCUUAGCUCCUCUACUUACACCCGCCUUGGGAAGCCCCAACCUCUUUAAGCUCCAGUUCCUUCAUCUGUAGAAUGGCUAUACCAAUGAUUUCUUGUCUCAUAGAAUUUGAUUUACUUGUUAAUGCAAUAAUAACCACCAUUCCUUGUCGGCCUCCUGUUUGCCAGGUGUUAUACUAGGCACUUUAUAUAUAUCCUUUGACUUAAUCCUUACAAUUAUGAAAGAUAGGUAUCAUUCGCCUCAUUGUAUAACUGUAAUUUGCCCAAGUCAGGCAGUGGUACCAGAGCUAAGAAUGGAACCCAGCUAUGACUAAUCCCAGUUCUGACUGACUCCAAAGUGUUGCUGCACUUAUGCUAAUGUACGGUAUUAUUGUCAUUGCUGUUCUUGAAUCCUCAAGGCAAGUUGCCUUCUGCACCUUGGUCCCUGGGUUAGUGAUCCACGUGAUGGCUCCUCUUUGGUCCCUGUAUCUCCUAACUGGAAGUUGAGGCUCCCUAAACACUGCUAACCUAGCAGGGUGGAAGAAAGGUCCCUGCACUCACACAACCCUCCUGGAACGGAGAAGCCAGGCAGAUGCUCGGAGCCUUCUUCCCUACCUCCUCCCGCUCUCUCUCUGCCCGGGUCCCCGCCCUUCCCUAAUGGAACUUUGCAGGACGCAGGCGAGGCGGGGCGGGGCUGGGGACCCGGCUAGAGCUGGUUCUGUGUCGCGCGCGGCAGAAGCGCUAGAGGUCGUUGCGGGGUGUGGGUGGCGCUGGGAGUGGGUGCCAGAGCGGGGGCCGGGGACCGCGGCUGGAGGCGGAGCAAGAUGGGAUCGUGCCCCUGGUGGCGUGCCGCCAUCUCAGCCCACCCCUGGAAGCAGAGGUCCCGGCAACGGCUCCAGGAGCGCUACUACCAGGCUAUCUUUCUGGUCAUUCUUAAGAGAAAAAAAAAGAUGUCCAAGGAGAGGGGGCUGAUAAGCCCCAGUGAUUUUGCCCAGCUGCAAAAAUACAUGGAAUACUCCACCAAAAAGGUCAGUGAUGUCCUAAAGCUCUUUGAGGAUGGUGAAAUGGCUGAAUAUCUCCAAGGAGAUGCCAUUGGGUACGAGGGAUUCCAGCAAUUCCUGAAAAUCUAUCUGGAAGUGGAUAGUGUUCCUAGUCACCUAAGCCUGGCACUGUUUCAAUCCUUCCAGACUAGUUACUGCUCAGAAGAGACUGUAAAAAGAGAUGUGGUGUGUCUCAGUGAUGUCUCCUGCUACUUCUCCCUUCUGGAGGGCGGCCGGCCAGAAGACAAGCUAGAGUUCACCUUCAAGCUGUACGACACGGACAGAAAUGGGAUCCUGGACAGCUCAGAAGUGGACAGAAUCAUCAUACAGAUGAUGCGAAUGGCUGAAUACCUGGAUUGGGAUGUGUCUGAGCUGAGGCCGAUUCUACAGGAGAUGAUGAAAGAGAUUGACUAUGAUGGAAGUGGCUCUGUCUCCCUAGCUGAGUGGCUCCGGGCUGGGGCCACCACUGUGCCAUUGCUCGUGUUGCUGGGUCUGGAGAUGACCUUGAAGGACAAUGGGCAGCACAUGUGGAGACCCAAGAGGUUCCCCCGACCAGUCUACUGCAACCUGUGCGAGUCGAGCAUUGGUCUUGGCAAACAGGGGCUGAGCUGUAACCUAUGUAAAUACACUGUUCAUGACCAGUGUGCCAUGAAGGCCCUGCCCUGUGAAGUCAGCACCUAUGCCAAGUCUCGGAAGGACAUUGGUGUCCAAACACAUGUGUGGGUCCGAGGAGGCUGUGAAUCUGGGCGCUGCGACCGCUGUCAGAAAAAGAUCCGGAUCUACCACAGUCUGGUUGGGCUGCAUUGUGUGUGGUGCCACCUAGAGAUCCAUGAUGACUGCCUACCAGCCAUGGGCCAUGAGUGUGACUGCGGGCUGCUCCGUGAUCACAUCCUGCCUCCAUCUUCCAUCUAUCCCAGUGUCCUGGCCUCUGGACAGGAACGUAAAGUUAGCAAAACAAGCCAGAAGACCACAGAUGAUUUAAAUUUGAGCACCUCUGAGGCUCUGCGGAUUGACCCCGUUUCUAACACGCACCCACUUCUGGUCUUUGUCAACCCCAAGAGUGGCGGGAAGCAAGGGGAGAGGGUGCUUUGGAAAUUCCAGUAUCUACUAAACCCUCGACAAGUGUUCAACCUCCUCAAGGACGGUCCUGAGCCAGGGCUCAGAUUCUUCAGAGAGGUUCCUGAUUACCGGAUUUUGGUGUGUGGCGGAGAUGGCACAGUAGGCUGGAUCCUAGAGACCAUCGACAAAGCCAACUUGCCUUUUGUGCCUCCUGUUGCCGUGUUGCCCCUGGGCACUGGAAAUGAUCUAGCUCGUUGCCUAAGAUGGGGAGGAGGUUAUGAGGGACAGAAUUUGGGGAAGAUCCUCAAGGAUUUAGAGGCAAGUAAGGUGGUACACAUGGAUCGAUGGUCCGUGGAGGUGAUACCCCAACAAACUGAAGAAAAGAGCGACCCAGUCCCCUUUCAGAUCAUCAAUAACUACUUUUCCAUCGGUGUGGAUGCCUCUAUCGCUCACCGAUUCCACAUCAUGCGAGAGAAAUAUCCUGAGAAGUUCAACAGCAGAAUGAAGAACAAGCUGUGGUACUUCGAAUUUGCCACUUCUGAAUCCAUCUUUUCAACAUGCAAAAAACUGGAGGAAUCUUUGACAGUCGAGAUCUGUGGGAAACCAUUGGAUCUGAGCAACCUGUCCCUAGAAGGUAUCGCAGUGCUGAACAUCCCAAGCACUCAUGGUGGCUCCAAUCUGUGGGGUGAUACCAAGAGACCGCAUGGCGAUAUCCACGGGAUCAACCAGGCCUUAGGCGCCAUGGCCAAAGUCAUCACCGACCCCGAUAUCCUGAAAACCUGUGUACCAGACCUAAGUGACAAGCGCCUGGAAGUAGUAGGGCUGGAAGGUGCAAUUGAGAUGGGCCAGAUCUAUACCAAGCUCAAGAAUGCUGGACAUCGGCUAGCCAAGUGCUCUGAGAUCACCUUCCACACCACAAAAACCCUCCCCAUGCAAAUCGAUGGAGAACCGUGGAUGCAGACGCCCUGUACGAUCAAGAUCACCCACAGGAACCAGAUGCCCAUGCUCGUGGGCCCGCCCCCCCGCUCUUCCAAUUUCUUUGGCUUCUUGUGCUGAGGGGGGACACCUCAGCCUCCAAGCCGGCCUUGAACCCACCUCAUUGUCCCUGGACUCUACUCCCUAGGCUCUGUACAUUGCUGCCACACCCUCCUGCCAGCUCAGGGGAGUGUAAUACCCUCACAGUAUUUAUUAUCCUGCACAACCUCCACUAUUCCCCAUGAACCCAUGCACACACACGCACACACACACACACACACACACACACACACACACACAUCACAGAAAAUACAUUGAAGUGCCUCUCUGAAUAAAAUAACUUUUUUUUCCCACUGGGAUAAAUGUUAAGUAAGUGGUACACCUCCUUCCUUUAUACCUCCACUCCUUAAAUGACACAGAUUCUCCCAGAAACAAGGAAAAAACA